AUGACAGUCACUGACCUUUUCCGACCACUGACCUUUCGCCGCGGUCCAGCCCUUAAGAAUCGAAUCCUCCUUGCGCCUCUCACCAACUGGCAGAGCAACGAAAGUGAUGGCAGUGUUACCGAAGCGGAUACGCAUUGGCUGACGCGCUGCGCUGCCGGCGGCUUCUCCAUGGUCAUGACAUGCGCCGCCAAUGUGCAUGUAGACGGAAAAGCUUUCCCGGGACAGAUGGGCAUCUACAGCGAUGAACAUUUGCCAGGCCUACGCCGCAUAGCUGACAUCAUCCGCAAGCAUGGGGGAGUCUCCUCCGUGCAGAUCCAUCACGGGGGUGCGCGCAUUUCGCCAACGCUUAUCGGUGGUCAAAAACCAGUGGGACCUUCCGCUAUCAUUCCGGGCGCCGUACGAGGGCUCUCCCUUGCUGAAGUAGAGCAGGCGCGAGACGAUUUCAUCGCGGCUGCAGUACGUGCCCAACGGGCAGGAUUUGACGGAGUGGAGGUGCAUGGGGCAUUUGGAUGGCUUAUCAUGCAGUUCCUGUCGCCCAUCUUCAACCGGCGCACUGACCACUACGGUGGUAGUCUCGAAAACAGGGCGCGAUUCCUCUUUGAGAUCAUCGAUGGCAUUCGACGCACGUGUCGGCCGGACUUUCAGAUUGGCCUCCGCAUUUCCAUGGAGCGAUACGGUGUUCCACUGAUAGAGAUGCGCGAGGUAGCGGCGCGGGCAUUGCGCGAGGCGCGCAUCGACUAUCUCGAUCUUGCUGUUUGGGACUACCGCAAAAUGGCCACAGAGGAGCCCUUCUUGAGUCAGACUAUGUUGAGUGUCUUUACAGACCUUCCGCGCCCAGAGGGUGUGCGUGUGGGUGCGUCUGGCCAUGUUAUGACGGCUCGGCAGGCUGCUGAGGUUCUUGAUGCUGGGUGUGAUUUUGUCAUGAUCGGCAAGGCUGCCAUUCUUGACCCGGAGUUGCCGAAGAAUGUGGAGAAGAAUGAGGAAUAUGUGGCCCCUAAGCUUCCAGUGACGGCGGAGUACCUCAGGAGCUCUGGAUUGAGUGAGCGGUUUGUUGACUACAUGAGGACGUGGGAGGGAUUUGUUUUGGAUGCUUAG